CUCGGUGCCCCACGGAUAGAGCAAAGGUGGACCCCGAGGGGCCGGGCGGAGUGCUGGGGCCGCCAGGGCAGGACGUGGUCUCUGGAGAGGACUACUUGUUGAGAUUUGAUGAGGGAGGUGUCUUCUCAGAGAGCCUGGCUGGAGAAGACUGAGGUUCAAGGCCUGAGUGAUUACUCCAGGAACGUGGAUAAUGGCUGCAGAGAUGCCCAGAGUGACCACUCCCCUUAAUCCCUUGGUCCAGGUGCCUCAAGAAGAAGAGGGACAGGAGGAGGAGGUCACCACUAUGAUCCUGGAGGAUGACUCCUGGGUGCAGGAAGCUGUACUGCAGGAAGAUGGCCCUGAGUCCAACCCCUUUCCCCAGACUGCUGGCAAGGGCAGCCCCCAGGAGGAAGCAGUGGCUGGGGCACCACAGGGUGCACUUGGCCGCCUCCGAGAGCUGUGUCGGCGCUGGCUAAGGCCAGAGGUGCACACCAAGGAGCAGAUGUUGACCAUCCUGCCAAGGGAAAUUCAGGCCUGGCUACAAGAGCACAGGCCUGAAAGCAGCGAGGAGGCAGUGGCCCUGGUGGAAGACUUGACCCAGACCCUUCAGGAAAGUGAUUUUGAGAUACAGAGUGAAAAUGGGGAGAACUCUAACCAAGACAUGUUUGAGGAUGUCAAAUCACAUGAGUUGUUCUCAAAAAUGCCUGACAUGGAAGGCAUUCAGCAAUCCAAUGGGGAGAGUGACUUUGAGAGAGACUGUGGCACUGGGGGGCCCCAGGGAAAUGCUCCAGGUGAGGAUCCAGGGGAGGUGCCAUCCCAGGGCAGGGAUGUUGGCCAGCUCAUAGGCCUUCAGGGUACCUACCUGGGCGAGAAGCCAUAUGAAUGUCCCCAGUGUGGGAAAACCUUCAGCCGGAGAUCCCACCUAAUCACCCAUGAACGGACCCACACAGGAGAGAAAUACUACAAAUGUGACGAAUGUGGAAAAAGCUUUAGUGAUGGUUCAAACUUUAGUAGACACCAAACUACUCACACUGGGGAGAAACCCUAUAAAUGCAGAGAUUGUGGGAAGAGCUUUAGCCGGAGUGCAAACCUCAUAACCCACCAGAGGAUCCACACGGGAGAGAAGCCCUUUCAGUGUGCCGAGUGUGGCAAGAGUUUUAGCAGGAGCCCCAAUCUCAUUGCUCAUCAGCGAACCCACACAGGAGAGAAACCAUACUCAUGCCCAGAAUGUGGAAAAAGCUUCGGCAACCGGUCCAGCCUUAACACACAUCAGGGAAUCCACACUGGAGAAAAACCCUACGAAUGUAAGGAAUGUGGCGAAAGCUUUAGUUACAACUCCAACCUAAUCAGACACCAGAGAGUCCACACAGGAGAGAAACCAUACAAAUGUACUGACUGUGGACAGAGGUUCAGCCAAAGUUCAGCUCUCAUUACCCACCGGAGAACUCACACAGGAGAAAAACCCUAUCAGUGCAGUGAGUGCGGGAAAAGCUUUAGCCGCAGCUCCAAUCUGUCCACCCACCGGAGAACCCACAUGGUGGAGAAACCCUAUAAGUGUGGAGUAUGUGGGAAGAGCUUCAGCCAAAGUUCUAGUCUGAUCGCACACCAGGGCAUGCACACAGGGGAGAAACCCUAUGAGUGCCUGACAUGUGGGGAAAGCUUUAGCUGGAGCUCCAACCUCCUCAAGCACCAGAGGAUCCAUACUGGUGAGAAGCCCUACAAAUGCAGUGAGUGUGAAAAGUGCUUCAGUCAGCGCUCCCAGCUGGUGGUGCACCAGCGGACCCACACGGGUGAGAAGCCCUACAAAUGCCUCAUGUGUGGCAAGAGCUUCAGCCGGGGCUCUAUCCUGGUCAUGCACCAGAGAGCCCAUUUGGGAGACAAGCCCUACAGGUGUCCUGAAUGUGGGAAAGGCUUCAGCUGGAAUUCAGUUCUCAUUAUACAUCAGCGAAUCCACACAGGGGAGAAGCCCUACAAGUGCCCUGAAUGUGGGAAAGGAUUUAGCAACAGCUCCAAUUUUAUUACACAUCAGAGAACUCAUAUGAAAGAGAAACUUUAUUGAAGUGGCAAAGAGGAAAAGUGAAGGGACUGGCCAGAGAUGGACUUGCCACACUGCCCCAAAUAGUGAUGUCCCUUUAAAAGAGCCAUUCCUCCUAAAUGCUUUUGGAGUUUUUGCCAGAAUCUUAACCCUUGCUUAUCCUUAUUUCUAAUACCAUCAGUGGUUGGAAUCAACCCCCAUACAUGGUUAAGAACAGCAAAGUUGGGUCUUUUUCUGUAACAUUUCACAACUUGAUUGGCCCCUCUCUUGAUUCCUCUGUGCCUCAGUUUCCUCUUUGGCAAAAUGAGGGGGAAACAUUUCUCCUGUGGAGCAAAAGAUAGCAUGGCCCUCAGCAUGGCUGAGUCCUCAGAGAAAUACUGGAAAUUCAUUUACGUGGUUCUGGUGGUUUUGCUGGCAUUUUGUUGGGCUAAGGUACCUUCACCCUGCUAUCAGCAUCACAGGGCCCAUGCCCAUGUUAGAACCUGCUCUGCCUGGCAUCAGUGUCUUGGCUUUGACUUCAGGUCAAGGUGAAAGGGCUCCUCCAGUUGUGAGUCAUCCUUGCAGCUGUGAACUCCCUUUCUUUUUCUAGAAAGUAUCAGGAGCACAGACGCUGAGGUACACCCAGACCUGGUGCCUCAGCAUCCUUCCCAUUGAUAAGCUGGACAGGGCCUUCCAGGAAAGGUCCACACUGGGCAGAUUCACAUGCUUGUUUUUGUCACUGCUUGCUGUCCUGUGGAAGUCAGGUGCCCAAGGGAGCACACCUGCUCUUGUGGGUUUUGCGCUGGAGUAUGUGGUGAAAUCUGAGACCCCUGCUGCCCAUCUGUGGUGGAGGGAAACAGUCCUGCAUGUUAUGGGGUGGGCUUGUGUCUUUGCCUACAAAUACAUAGCUCCAUAAUCAUUCUAAAUUAUUCUGUGCAGUUGUUAUUUCCCUGUUCUCAUAUUUCUGAUUUUAUACAUGCACUGGUAGCUUUUGUAUACUAAGAACAUUAUUUUUAAGGAAGUGCUGAUUUUAAGGAAAUAUCUAUCCCCUGGAGAGAUCUGGGCUUGAAUCAGGAAUUUGUCCUACAGAUGUCACCCUUGAUCUUGGGAUACUACCAGGGCUUUGUUCUUGGGAUCCUUCAGCCUGGAAACAGUAACAAUAGGGGGAAAGAUAACAAGUGAAAGGUUUGUUAUGAGGGAAGGGGACAGUAGAGGAAGUGUUUCUGGGAAUGUGAAGCUGCCUCCUCCCACUCUUGGGAGCCUGUGCUCAGAAUGGGUUUUGGUUCUUACAGGAUGGAUGCUCAGUAUGCCUAAUAAAGUAG